AUGCCAAAGAAAGCUCCCUCGUUGAGGUCAUCUACCAGACCGAAACCUCAGCCUGCGCCAGCGCCCGCGCCAAAAAGACCGCCUCUAAGAACACCGAGCGCGUCUUACUCGAGACCCCCACCAAGUCAUCCGCCGCCAACGAUAAAAAAUGAGGGACCGUUGAGACCUCCACCAGGAGUAGGCGCUGCACAAAGAUCAAGAUCUUAUGAGGCUGAAAGUCGGCGACCGCGAUAUCCACCUUCAUCAAGCCCGAGACAAUCCUACUAUGAGCGACCAAGGCGUAGGGACUCAGGCUUCAGGUCUGUGUCGCCUCAAGCGAGACCACCUCCACCUGCGCCUGUACAACGAGCGCUGAGACGGCGCAUGACCAGAGAUUCGGACUGGAUGUCGGAGGAUGAGAGUCGGCCUACAUCCCGUCGUAGAUCUCCGACUCCAGAACGACAUCAAAAGCCACGACCUUAUGGAACUGAAGCACCACCAUUUCCGCCCUCUGCAAAGCCUGUGGUCGCUCGUCCGCCAAUGAGGUCUUACCCGACGGACAGCUCACGACCUGAUCCAAGAAGACGUCCGUCCUAUGAGCCACCGCCUUCACCAAGACGUCCGCCCGGGGCGGGAAAGAGAUCGCCUCCGUCAGUGUAUAGACCAGCACCUCAUUUAGCAGCGGACAUGCUACGAGGACGACCUCGAUCAAGAGGAGACUCGCCAUUUCGUUCUCAUGAAACGAAUAACUCGGCGACAGGCAGGAGACCCAGCUAUUCAGGUGCUGGGAACCCACAGCUGUCCUCUCGAAGGCACUCUGUCAAAUCUCCAGAGCAACAAGAGGCAAAGCCAGCCGGGAAGCCGACUGAGAAUGAACCAAAGAAGAAGGGCUUUGACUUUAUGAAACAUUUCCCUCAAGCUGUUGCUGCAUACGCUGGUAUCGAAGCGCUAGGCAAGCAUGCUGAUACUGCCAAAGAAUGGACGGACUGGUUCAUGAAGCUCCAAAAGACUCCCGAGGAGAUCCAUGAACUAUCCGCUAAGGCGACAACGGCAAGAGACACCAUCACCCAGAUUCAGAAUACACUCGAGGCACGACCCGACAUCAUCGAGGGAGAUGAUGCGAAGCCCAUGCGGAGGCAAAUCGAUGAAGCGAUCAGGAAUGCGACAGCCGCACUGGACGAAAUGACGAAGCUGCUUCAAGAGAUUAGCAGUGAUGGGUUAGAAGGGACCAUGUUUGGUGGUCUUGAGGAGUUUUAUAACUCUUACAAAUAUAAGGAUGAGUGGGAAGAGAAGAUCAAGUUGGCUGAUGGUGAGCUAGAGAAGCAAUUGGCGGCUCUUAGCAAGCUGAUGGUCAACAUUUACUCGCGUGCUCUAAUGAAACCUGCUCCUCCCGGAUUUAACAACCCAGUACCACCACCAGCUCCCGGGCAAUCUUCAAAUUCUCCUGAUGCACGACGGUCAAGCGCAGCGCAGCCUAGUUCAAAGUCCAGGGCGGGCUCAAUUGACUUGGACCCUCCUCCUGUAGGGCGAUAUCGGAAGUCGGUCGAUGAGGACGCUGCGAAGUCAGCGCCCUCUGAUGUGUCAACUGAGCCCAAGGUUGAGACUGCGAAGGAUGUGACGCCAGAGGACAAGCCAACACAGCCCGAGAAAGAUGCUGGUGAACCUAAGACUCAACAGAAUACCGAUGAAACUCCUCCAGAUUCUCCAAAGGGCGUGAAGCUCAAGGUUGACGAUGACCUUGCCGAUCUUCCAACACCGUCACCCAAGGCCGAGCCUGCAGAGCCAACAGAGGUGCCAUUGAAGAAAGAAGAACCCAUAGGCAUCAAACCUGCGCAGCCGACACCAGUGGAAGCUAAGCCUUCAAGGCCACCAGCGCCCAUAGAAGACCCUGAAGAGAUCCUCCUCGAUGCAGCAUGGAACGGCGAUAUCCAGGCCUGCAACUCCGCACUCCGCCACGCCUCCCCCUCAACCCGCGACCAAAACGGCUUCACACCCCUCCACCUCGCCGCAGAACGCGACCACCUCGCCAUAGCAAUGCUCCUCCUCGGCUCCUCCGCCAACCCCAACGCGCGCGCCAACGGGGGCCGCACACCCCUCCACCUCGCAGCGCGCUAUGCAUCCACGGCGCUUGUCGAAUUACUGGUUGAUGACGCGCAUGCUGAUCCUAACGCUCGCACAACGGAUGGACGGACGCCGUUGCACUAUGCUGCUAGUGUGGCGGAGGAUGGCGACGAUGAGAAGAGGGAGGUUAUUAGGGUGUUGAGGGAUUGGAAGGCAGAUCCGACGAUUAAGGAUAAUAAGGGGAGGACGGCGAGGGAUGUGGCACAGAAGAGGGAUUUCUGGGAUGCUUCGGCGACGUUGAGGAGGGCGGAGAAGAGGUGGGAGGAGGAGCAUCACCAGAAUUGGUUUCAGAGGCAUGGACUCAAGCGAUGA